AUGUAUUACUGCAGUAUGGGUGGCCGACUUCUCCCUAUGGGCUGCACAGAAUUCCAAAGCAACAAGCAGGCCCCAACCACCAGAGCACCGUAUUAUGGUCACAUCACGGUUGCCUCUGCUAUUGGUUCCUCAAGUGACACUCGAGUCGUGAAAAUCCCCCUGCCCAGUGAUACCGAGUCUGCUUAUGCAGUCUACAGAGGGGGCAAGCUGAGAAAGCUUGCUGUUCUCAACCUCCAACCCUUUCAUCAUACAAGCAGCCCUCGUCCAAGUAAAAGCUCCAGAUUCCAAGUGCCGAAGGGGUUUGCUGAAGCUAAGGUUGAGCGACUCACUGCUUCAGGGAGUGAUUCGUUGGGUGAGAUCACCUUCGCGCGCGUUUCAUAUGACCAUGAUCUGCAGCGAGGGAAGCCAGUCAUUGUCGAUCCAAGGAAGGAGAUGGCCAUAAUCCAGGAUGGCACUGUCAAUAUCAUGGUACCAGACUCGUCUGCCGUUCCCUUGACAUUGAAGUGA